AUGGAUGCCGCUAUAUUAUUAGAUAGUCAGCGUGAGAUCCAAGUUCGAAUCUCACGCUCGGUCAAAUACCUGAAGAAGAUGGGCGCUCCUAACAUCACAUCCAGUGCCGUCACUACCCGCAUCAGACUUCUUGAUCAAGCCUGGGAUAAGUUCGUCAUCCAGCACGAUCAGCUGCGCAUUGCCCUGAAAGAUAAGUUCAGGGAAAGUGAUUACGUUACUUCAGGGCUCCAUGAUUUGACUGAAAAUACGUACGUACAGCAAAGGAGCAUCCUGGACGGCUACGCUGAACGCAUUCGGUCAGCCUCGGAAACCGUCAAGCUAAACGAAGCCGCUCCUCGAACCGCAUUACCUCGAGUCAGGAUUUUGCAGUUUUCGGGAGCUUACUCCGAGUGGCCAACCUUCCGAGAUCUCUUCCUGUCUGUCGUCGGUGAUAACGCCACCAUCUCUAACAUCAAACGCCUGCAUCAUCUUCGGUCGAGUUUGAACGGACAGGCUGAAAAAUUGAUAAGUUCAUUACCGGUGACAGGAGACAACUACGAACGUGCAUGGACGAUACUGUGCAAACACUACGAAAACGAGAGAGAACUCAUCCGAUGCAACUUCGCCGCAUUCACCGCCGUGCCGAGAAUGAAGAACGGAACCGCUGACGAACUGCAUCGCAUCCACAACGCUGCCGUCACAGUCGUCAACGCACAGGAGAGUAUAGGUCGUCCUAUUGAAUCUCACGGAAUGGACCUCCUAAACUAUCUUAUCGUCGAACAAUUCGACGCACACACUCGAAUGGAAUGGGAAAAUUCCAUAUCCGACUCCAACAAGUCACCACCGCACGAAACACUUUUGGAGUUCAUGACGCGACGGAUGUUCACACUUAACGCCGUGCAUCCGAAGACUCUCAAGAAGAACUUCGGAGAGUCUUCACGAACGGCGAAGACACAUGUUGCGAAGCACGGAACUGACCUUCCACAAUGCGCACUGUGCCAUGAAAAGCACCAUCUGAUGACGUGUCGCGAAUUUAAGACGAAAUCCGCUGCAGAUCGAAAGGCCUUCGUUGAGACGCACAGACUGUGUUUCAACUGCCUCGGAAAUCAUUAUCUUACAAAAUGUCAGUCGAAGAAGAACUGCUACACAUGCAAGGCACGUCAUCACACUUCACUGCACGACGCAUACAACACGGUCACCGCACAUACACCAGAAGCCACUUCACUCGCCGCACUGCACAAAGCCAAGGAGCAGAAGGCUGUACUCCUCGCCACUGCUCGGGUGAACGUAGCCGAUCGCCAUGGAGCACCGCACGACGUCCGAGCACUGAUCGAUCAGGGAUCAGAGGUGUCAAUCGUUUCUGAAGCACUGGUGCAACGACUGAACCUGCCUCGAUCACGCACCGACAUGGCCAUCUUUGGGAUCGGAGGCGCACGACCAGGAUCAACGCGUGGCAAGGUCACGCUGCACCUCACUUCGGACAUCACGAACGCCCGGCUCUCCGUGAUAGCGUUUAUACUGCCACGCCUAUCACUUCUCCAAGGCUCCACGUCCAGCACACCAGAAGAUUGGUCGCAUAUUCGAGGACUCCAACUGGCGGAUCCUCAAUUUCGCGAGAACGAUCCAGCCGAGCUACUCCUGGGAGCGGAGGUGUGCUCCUUAAUUCUUGAAGAGGGUUUACGCAAGGGUGAACCUCAGAUGCCAAUCGCGCAGAAGACAUCACUAGGAUGGAUACUCUCUGGAGGCUCCGACGUCGCAUCCGCAGAAGAGCACCGUCGCACAUUCCAGUGCACUGCCGAUCACGAGCUACUCGAGCUGGUGCAGCAGUUUUGGGAACAGGAACGGGAGCCCAACGCAGUCACGACACUCUCCGCCGAAGAGCAGCAAUGCGAGGAAUUCUUUGUGCACACGCACACUCGCACCUCUUCAGGACGAUACGUGGUGAAGCUGCCGUUCUCCUCACCAAUCACUGCACUCCGCGAAACCCGCAAACCAGCUGAGCGGCUUCUCACAACGAUGGAGAGGCGAUGCCUCUAG